ACUCACCUUCCUUCCCCUCUCGCCUCUCGCCGGAGUCGUCGCAGCCUCGCCGUCGACUUAUCCCCACCUCCCCGGCGGAGGAGGCAGCCGGGGAGGGGAUGGACGAGCUCGGCGGCGGAUCGGUCGGGCCGUUCUCCAAGAAGCCGACGCAUCUGGCGCGGUCGCUGACGUACCACCACCACCCCUACCAGGGCCAGGGGCGAUCGCCGUCGUUCAGGGCGCGGCGCCAGCAGCAGCAGCAGCAGCAGCAAACGAACGCGGUGGUGCUGUACACGACGUCGCUCCGCGGCGUGCGCCGCACGUUCGCGGACUGCUCCGCGGUGCGCGCCGUGCUGCGGGGGCUCCGGGUGGCCGUGGACGAGCGGGACGUGUCCAUGGACGCCUCGCUCCGGCGGGAGCUCCAGUCGCUGCUCGCGGCGCGGGGGCGGGCCUUCUCCCUCCCGCAGCUCCUCGUGGGGGCCCGCCUCGUGGGGGGCGCCGAGGAGGUGCGGCAGCUGCACGAGGUCGGCGAGCUGCGGCGGCUCCUCGAGGGCGCCGCCGGGCAGGACCCGGCCUUCGUCUGCGGCGCCUGCGGGGGCGUCCGCUUCGUCCCCUGCCCCGCCUGCGACGGCUCCCGCAAGGUGUUCGUCCACGAGGAAGGAUGCGCCCGCCGCUGCGGCGACUGCAAUGAGAACGGCCUGGUACGCUGCCCCCAUUGCUGCUCUUGAUCGCUUACGCUUAUCUGUGUACAAUAAAUCUUUCAUGUUAAUACUAGUAUACAAGAAAUUAUAGGUAGCAGUAGAGGGAAGCAAGAAAGGAUGAACAAUAUCUAGAUUUUUCUUGCCCUAUGAAAUGUAUGUGAUUGCGUACCAAUCUGUGGGUGCUGGGAUGUUCAGUGUUUGGGGGAUUAGAGUUUAUGGAUUCUUGGUCCUGUAUUCGCAAAACCGGAAGAACGACAAGCGAAUGUGUCUUUUGAUGAAGGAUUUGUCAUUUGAGCAUGUAUUGGUUUGUAAUUUGUAUGCAUUAAAAAUGUAUAAAAUAUUCUGCAGUACA